AUGGCCAAGGAGCAAAGACUCACGCAUGAGCCAGUUCCAAAGAAAGUGACAUGUUUGGAGACCUUGUGUGCGGGUGCCUCCUUCUCAUGCCCAGGGGUCAGCAGUGUGAAUCAGCUGGGGGGUCUCUUUGUGAAUGGCCGGCCCCUCCCCCUGGACACCCGGCAACAGAUCGUGCAGCUGGCAGUCAGUGGGAUGCGGCCCUGCGACAUUUCACGGAGACUUAAGGUAUCUAAUGGCUGUGUGAGCAAGAUCCUAGGACGUUACUACCACACAGGUGUUUUGGAGCCCAAGGGGGUUGGGGGAAGCAAGCCUCGUCUGGCCACACCCCCCGUGGUGGCUCGAAUAGCCCAGCUGAAGGGUGAGUGCCCAGCCCUCUUUGCCUGGGAGAUCCAACACCAGCUCUGUGUCGAAGGGCUGUGCACCCAGGACAAGAUUCCCAGUGUCUCCUCCAUCAACCGAGUCCUGCGGGCACUACAGGAGGAACAGAGACUACCCUGGGCAGCACAGCUCAGGGCACCAGCAGCUUUGCCUCUGGUGCCUGGCACUCCCCACAGUGGUUCUGAGGCGCCCCGGGGUCCUCACCCAGGGACUGGCCACAGGAAUCGGACUGUCUUCUCCCCAGAACAAGCAGAGGCACUGGAGAAAGAGUUCCAGCAUGGGCAGUAUCCUGACUCAGCGGCCCGUGGGAAGCUGGCUGCUGCCACCUCUCUGCCUGAGGACACUGUGAGGGUCUGGUUUUCCAACCGCAGAGCCAAAUGGCGCCGACAAGAGAAGCUCAAGUGGGAAAUGCAGCUUCCAGGUGCUGCCCCAACUCUACCGAGUGCUUCCCCGAGGACCAUCUCUGCACAGCGGUCCCCUGGCAGUGUGUCCGCAGCAGCCCUGCCUGCCCUGGGGCCCUUGGGUCCUUCCUGCUGUCAUCUGUUCUGGGGGACAGCACCAGACAGGUGUCUGAGUGACACCCCACCCCAAGCCUGUCUCAAACCCUUCUGGGGUAACUGCCCCCCACCGCCGAUCUCCCAGGACCCGGCACUGCUUUGCCGCCCUGGCCCUUCCUUCCACUGCCCCGUCGCCGGUCUUGGUGCCCUGCAGGCCUUGCUCUGGCCCGACUCCGCACUGCUGCACGGCCUGGAAUGAGGGAGGAGGGCAAGCGGGCGAGGGAGGUGGGGUGGGGAGGGUUUAAGGCCGCCCUGCCCAGGCAGAUCACCGCUCCUUCCUCCUGUGUCUCUUCCUCACCGGCCUUGCCUCGUGCCCUCCCACUUCUCACACACCUUAAAAGGCCUC